AUGAGUUGGGACAAGCUGGCCCGUUCGAAAGGGGAUGGAGGAAUGGGAUUUAGGGGCAUCAGCGAAUUCAACACCAGCCUGUUGGGGAAACAAUAUUGGUGUCUGUUAAAAGGGGAUGAUUCUUUAAUGGACAAAGUUUUUAAAUGGCGAUAUUACCCAAGGUGUUCCAUUUAUGAAAGUCAUGUGGGUUAUGCCCCCAACUAUGCUUGGCAGAGUAUCCUUAGUGCGAGAGAUUUGGUUAAAAAAGGGGCGCGUUGGAGAAUCGGUAAUGGCAAAAAGGUCAAGAUCUUAAAUGACUGUUGGUUGCCAAAUAAUCCCGGCUUUAAAUUUAUUGGCAGCACUAGGGGUUUUGAAGUUGAUUCUAAGGUUAGUGAUCUUGUUGACAAAUAUCUUUGUUAUUGGAAGAAGGACCUUAUAAGGAAUAGAUUUGAUCAUGCGGAGGCAAACAAUAUUUGUAGCAUUCCCCUUUCUGCUAGAAACCAGACACAUGCUUUAAUUUGGAAUUUUGAGAGAGACGGGGACUAUUCGGAAUACAAUCUCAAAAACCUAGAUGUGUUGGCUAAGAAAGGUUCACCUGUUACUUUGGUGUUAGAGUCCAUCCCCUCAGAGAUUACAAUUAUUCAAGUUGAUGUGCGCAUUUUCCCUAAUGGUUCUGUGGCUUUUGGUUGUGUUUUUAAAAACAGUGCUUCAUGUAUUUCUUUUAUGGAUAGCAAGAAAGAGCUCCUCAUGGUCCCUCCAGUUUUGGAUGAGAUUUUGGCAAUUAGAUGGUUCCCCAAUGUGGAGAUUGACUUAAAGAUGCUUGUUAGUUUGGGCAUCAGUUUAGGUCUAAAACUUGGUUUAAGGGUUAUCCGCUUGCGGAGCCUAGUGUAA